AUGAAUAGUUCCUCCGAUCUUCUACAAAAGAUUGCUAAGCUAGUCCAAGAACAUAUCGGUGUGCCUGACGAGGACUGGACAAUCUCUCGCUUCCUUAAGAACUUGUACGUGGAGUCUAAUGCCAAAAGUUCACAAUACGCAAAUUACAGAAUAGUAGUUAACUCGAACGGCGGAGAUGAAUUUCCAGACGCUUUUUUGAAGAGUGUUUUUGAAAUCCUACAUGCACAAGGUCUUGGUAUACAAAAAAAGGCUGUGGUGGUUGAGAAAUCAACACUAUUACCUGACGAUGUAUUGGUCAGCCAGGAUCUGACCAAUGGACCUUCACAAAAGACACAAACUACAUUUACUUCUUCAGCAUCUCGUAAGAGUGAUUCCAUCAGCAAUAAGCUGCCGAGAAUGGGGUUCGGAGGAAGAACCUUAGAUCCUAUCCAAAACACAAAUAUGCCUACGGUGGUGCCACGGAUGAGUAGAGAUCCUUCUGUCGAGGUUGGACGUGUUUACAAGGGAUCAGUCUCUAAUAUAGUACCGUAUGGUGCCUUUAUCAAAAUACAAAACUCCGAAAUUGUGGGCCUUUGUCAUAUUUCUGCGAUGCUGUUCGAUGGCAGAACUAGAAUACGACAUCCACUGGAUGUAUUGCAAGCAGACAAGGAUCUCUAUGCGAAGGUGGUUAAGAUUGUCACCGCACAUGGUGGUGUUAAGAAGAUCUCAUUAUCGAUGGUGGGCAUCGAUCAGAUCACCGGUGUGGAUCAUCUGGAUCUGCUUGGCCAUGAGAAGCGUCAAAGAGACGAUAGAGGACGUCAACAAUCGCGCGAGAUUAACAAAAGGCGCAGACUCACAUCACCAGAAAGAUGGGAGAUUCAACAACUCAUAGCUUCGGGCGCUGCCUCCGCAGCUGAUUAUCCAGAACUUAAUAUGGCCCAGGAGGAUGAAUUCGCCAAAGACAAGAAUUCGGAUGAGCUUGUUGAAGUUGAGCUUGACAUAAAAGAACCAGCUUUUCUCAAAGGCAAAUUGUCUGAUGCUAUGUCAGUGAAUCCCAUGAUCAUUCUCAAAAAUCCGGAGGGAUCGCUUUCGCGUGCAGCGAUGACUGGCUCAAAGCUCGCACAACAGAUGAAGGACGAAAAAAACUCUUUGCAAAAAGAGCAAGGUAGACUUUUGCGCAAGCAUGAUGAAAGUGGUGCCGCUUUGGAUGCCAUAUUGAAGAAAGAUAAGAAACGCCAAGAAGCUACGGAGGAUGUCAUUAGUCAAUGGAGAAGAAAACAAAAGGCAAAUCCCAAGGCUAAUAAAUUGUCGAAAAUGAGUAUUCCAGAAACUCGAAAGACGCUUCCAAUUUAUUCCAUGCGAGCAGAACUCGUGUCUGCUGUCCGCGAUAAUCAGUUUUUGGUAAUUGUCGGAGAAACUGGUUCAGGUAAAACAACACAGAUUGUGCAAUACAUGUAUGAGGAGGGUAUUAUGUUGCGAGAUGGUCAGGAAAAGCUCAUAGGGUGCACUCAGCCAAGAAGAGUGGCUGCUGUUUCAGUGGCAGCACGAGUAGCUGAGGAGAUGGGCUGCAAAGUUGGACAAAAGGUCGGAUAUACUAUCCGGUUUGAGGACAUGACCUCUGCUGACACGAAAAUCAAGUAUAUGACCGACGGUAUUUUGCAAAGGGAGGCUCUUCUCGAUCCUGCAAUGCUGAAAUAUCUGUUAAUUAUGCUUGAUGAGGCUCACGAAAGAACAAUAGCCACUGAUGUUCUAUUCACCUUGUUGAAAGAUGCAGCAAGUAAAAACCCCUCUUUAAAAGUAAUUGUUACCUCGGCAACACUUGAUUCAGAGAAAUUUAGCCACUUCUUUAAUGAUUGCCCUGUUAUUAAGAUCCCGGGACGCACUUUUCCUGUUAAAAUUGACUUUUCGCGUGAGCCUGAGCCCGACUACUUGGCGGCUGCUUUGGAUUGUGUCAUGCAAAUUCAUGUCGCUGAGCCCGACGGUGAUAUAUUGGUAUUCUUGACAGGUCAAGAAGAAAUCGAAACCGGGUUUGACGCUUUGACAAAUCGAAUGAAAAAGCUAGGCGGCGCUGUACCUGAGCUUCUUAUUGUUCCCGUUUACGCUGCUUUGCCCUCAGAGCUACAGGCCAAGGUGUUCGAGCCAGCGCCAGAAGGGAUGAGGAAGGUUAUUCUAGCAACCAAUAUUGCAGAGACUUCGAUUACAAUUGACGGAGUGAAGUAUGUUGUCGAUCCAGGCUUCGUUAAAAUCAAUGCCUACGAUCCGAAGCUAGGAAUGGAUAGUUUGGUGGUCUCUCCCAUUUCUCAGGCACAAGCCAAUCAAAGAAGUGGAAGAGCUGGUCGUACAGGUCCUGGAAAGUGCUAUCGCCUCUAUACGGAAGCGGCAUUUCACAAUGAGAUGCUUCCUAAUACGAUUCCUGAGAUUCAGCGACAGAACUUAUCGGCCACCAUUUUAAUGCUCAAAGCAAUGGGCAUCCACGAUUUGAUGAAUUUCGGAUUUAUGGAUCCUCCUCCGCCACAAACAAUGGCAAAUGCCCUCCACGAGCUAUACACGUUGGACGCUUUGGACGACAACGGAUAUUUAACCGGGAUUGGUAGAAAGAUGGCAGACUUUCCAAUGGAGCCCGCUCUUGCGAAGACCGUCUUGGCCUCAGUUGAUCAUGGCUGCGCGUCAGAAAUUCUUACAAUCGUAGCCAUGCUCUCUGUCCAAACAGUAUUCUAUAGACCAAAAGAGAAGCAGGCCGCAGCGGACCAAAGAAAACAACGAUUUCACAGCAUCCACGGAGACCAUCUCACAUAUCUCAAUGUCUAUAGAGCUUGGGAGCUGAGUGGGCGCUCAUCCCGCUGGUGUAAGGACAAUUUUAUCUACGAACGAAGCAUGAAAAGAGCCUACGAUGUAAGAGGACAAUUAAUGGCUAUCAUGGCCCGGUUUAAACUCAGUGUUCUCAGUAACGACAACAACAAUACUAUCCGGCGAGCGUUUUGCUCUGGUUUCUUCCGAAAUCUGGCCAGGCGAGACCCACAAGACGGAGUCUAUAACACCUUAUUCGACCAGACGCCUGUGCAUCUUCAUCCUUCGCUGGCUCUAUUUGGAAAGAGCGUAGAAUACGUCAUUUACCACACACUCUUGCUCACAACCAAGGAGUACAUGCACUGCUCCACUGCCAUUGAUCCGCGCUGGCUCCCGGAGUUGGCGCCCAAAUUCUUUCGCAAAUCCGAUCCUGCCAAUCUUUCAGAUCGCCAAAAGAGAGAAAAAAUUGUACCUUUGUUCAACAAGUAUGCAGAAAAUCAGGAUGCAUGGCGUCUAUCUGCGCAAGUGGAAGCUAAGAAGAAAGCUUUGGAACUUUUGCACCAAUAG